UUCACCAGAAGAGGGCAUUCCGCUUCUGCCUGUCAAAGUUGCUUUGACAUGCAGACGUGAUUAACGGCAGCGUCAUGCUGCAUUUCAAACCUAGCAGCAGUGAGAGCAAAGGGAACGAUUGAGCCAAAAAAAAAUAAUAAUAAUAAAAGAGGGAUGUUUGGAUGACUUUCCUAAGGGACUCGCUGACAGCGCUUCACACUCACUUGGGAAUAAACCUGCUGCUUACUUUCUUUCAGUGUGCCGCGCAGAACACAGACGAAAAAGGUAUUUUACCAGAAACAUUUAUGGGAAAUAACGGCUUGCUUUUUUAUAUCACGCCAGCGCUUCUGUGAAAUUCCAGACGGGAUUUUCGCGGAAUUUCCGUGCGCAUGUAAGCCUGACAUGACUUACUUGGAUGUGACAUUGUUACCGUCUGCGCCAGCUGCAGUGCUCUUUUUGACUGUUACUUCAAGAAAGAGAGAAAAAGAAACUGAUCAUUUGCUUUGCUUCCGAGACAUGGAUAGAGAGUUCUGAAGCCGGAUUUUGCACCCUUUUAAUCUGGAGUCGGGAAGUAAAUGACAUUCGCUCCGGUUCGUUCGGACGGGUGUAGUUGCAGAACUGAACAGGAUAAGGCAUCGCAGGUCCGGGAGAGUGAAAAAGGGCAGGUGCGUUUUGGAGUCGGCGGCUGCGCGGACAGAGCGGAAAGCCGACCGGUGGAUUGGGACGGUACCUGUGUGUGCUGUGGAGAGCGCAUCAUGCGGACUCGGAUGUCACGCACAAUGAGCCAUUAAAACCUAUAGGCUGGAGCUAAAACAGAUACGCGGAUAUGGGCUCUGCUCUGCAGCGUCGCUGGCUAUUGUUCCAACUACUGAUGCAGGUGUGGCUGGCGGCAAAUCCAUCUCUGAGUGAGCGCCACUGCCCAAAGAGUUGUCGCUGUGAUGGAAAAAUUGUCUACUGUGAGUCAAGCGCCUUUCGUGAUGUCCCCAAAAACCUCUCAGGAGGCUGUGAGGGCCUGUCGUUGCGGUACAACAGCCUCUCCAGCCUUCGUGCAGGCCAGUUUGUUGGCCUCAACCACCUUAUCUGGCUCUACUUGGACCAUAAUUACAUUGCCUCUGUGGAUGCAAUGGCGUUCCAGGGGGUCCGCAGGCUUAAAGAACUGAUUUUAAGUUCCAACAAGAUCACAUUGCUCCACAAUACAACAUUUCACCCUGUCCCUAAUUUGCGUAAUUUGGACUUGUCAUACAAUAAACUACAAGCAUUGCAAACUGGUCAAUUCCAAGGUUUACGGAAACUUCUCAGCCUUCACAUACGAUCUAAUUCACUAAAAACUCUGCCAAUGCGUCUGUUUCAAGAUUGCAGAAAUCUUGAAUUUGUUGAUCUUGGUUACAAUCGCCUGCGGAGUAUUACUCGGAAUGCACUUUCUGGCCUCGUCAAACUCACUGAGUUACAUUUGGAGCACAAUCAGUUCUCCAAGAUAAAUUUUUCCCAUUUUCCUCGACUCUACAAUCUACGUGCUCUUUACCUGCAGUGGAAUCGCAUUCGGUCGAUGAGCCAGGGCCUGACUUGGACCUGGGCCUCUGUCCAGAAACUGGAUCUUUCAGGGAAUGAAUUGACAGAAGUAGAUCCCAUAGUUUACCAAUGCUUACCAAACCUGCAGACUCUCAAUCUGGACUCCAAUAAGCUGACUAAUGUUUCUCAGGAGGUUGUUGACGCUUGGAUCUCACUGACCAUGAUUAGUUUAGCAGGAAAUGUUUGGGACUGUAGCCCUGCCAUCUGUCCACUUGUGGCUUGGCUGAGAAACUUUAGAGGGGCAAAAGAGACUACAAUGAUUUGUGCAUCCCCCAAGAAGGCUCAGGGAGAGAAAGUGAUGGAUGCGGUUGAAGCCUUUGGGGUUUGUCAAUCAAACCAAGGGACAACCCUUACAAUAAGCAUUACUCCAAACCUAUCCAGUGUCCCUUUGCAAACAGAGCAUAUCCCAUCUGUUCUGGUCAUACCAACUAACUCUGGAAAGAGAGCUGAGGGAUCCCUUUGGGGUCCUACAUCAAUAGCAGUUACCCCACCUGUUGCGCUUCCUCCAGAGCAAGACUUGGAGCCUGUGUCUUUCCAUAAGAUUGUGGCUGGAAGCGUUGCCCUGUUUCUGUCUGUUGCAAUGAUCCUGUUGGUAAUCUAUGUGUCCUGGAAGCGCUACCCUAACAGCGUCAAACAGCUCCAGGAGCACUCAGCAGCAGCACGCAAGCGUCACAAGAAACCCCGAGAGACGGAGCGCACCCUUAGCUCCCCUCUGCAGGAGUACUAUGUGGACUACAAGCCCAACAACUCUGAGGCCAUGGAUGUGCUAGUCAAUGGGACUGGACCAUGCACCUACACCAUCUCAGGCUCCCGAGAAUGCGAGGUUCCCCACCAGAUGGGUGCCCUAACCUUUUACCGCUAUGAACAGCCCAUUGUUGACUACUGCCAGGCCCAUCAACCCCUGCGGCUUAACAUGGGAUACGAAGGCCCACCUCAGGGACUGGAGGGACUUGAAGACCUGGGGCCAUGUGACAGGGGCACAAUACAGACAGUGGCCUUGCCUGCAGUGCCCUCUGUUGCCAGCAUAGGUGGUCCUGUGCCAGGGGCCCGGUCUCCUCCUCUGCCCCUCAUGCAACAAACUGAAGGCCCCAACAGUGGUCCUUAUCCUCCCCCUGAACGCACUGGAACUCUCAAAUUUGGACGUUAAAGAAUCUGGUUGUUAGAGGUGGGAGGAAAGCCUGUGAUUCAACAUUACUUUGGAAAGAAGGGGGCAGGUGGGGCCUUGUUUUUACCACAUGAGUACAUGGACGAACAUUUUCAAAAUAUGCCAGCGGGGGUAUGGCAUUGGAAAUACAGUCUUACAGUAAUACAGUAUGGUGGGAAAAUCAUCAUUCUGAUUUUCUUUCAAAAGCAGCUCAUAGAAAAACUCCUGAAAACCUUUACUACCUACACACAAAAAGUAAUUUAGCAGAUGAUAAACAGAGUUACUGUGUGGCCUAAUCUGGUCUUCAUCAUGUCUGAUGUCAGCCCAAUGGCUCUCCUGUUCACAGUGGCAGCAGUCAACUUCUGUAAUGUCAGGAGUGAAAGGGGACGUGCAAUAAACACACAUUAUUGAUCAUAAAAUGCAGAAAUAAUAAUAGAUCUCAGAGGUUUUGUGAGGCACAGGAGGCUUCUUAAUGUAAUUAGAGAAUUAAUCUCAAAAGCUGAUGACAAAGUGAUACCUGCAUUAUCGUUCCGGAAAUAAUCACAAUCAGACUUUGUUUUUUUUCCUGUUUCUCUGGAUGUUGUAUUUAGUACUGGAUUUGAUUUUUGUGCAUGUUAAACCAAAGAGUUUGUUAAUAACUUUCUUUAAUGCACAUACAUAAAAUAUCAGUUGUAUUACACAACAAGCCCCUUCCAGUUCACACUUACCUCCAAAGCCCCCUGCUGUUUAUGAAGGACUUUACAGAUGAGCUAAGCACUGAAGUAUGAGUCAGAUCACGUAGCUGAACUGAAAUGUCAGACAGAUUUAUUAUAGUCAUGAAAUUGAUCAGAUGUAUAAAGGAAACUAUGAACAACAGCAUCCAAAGCCGUAUAUCAAAGAAAAAAAAAAAAGCAUAUAGAUGCCCUUUAAAUAGCAAACGGCUAAUCACUGUACACAAAUGUACCCCAGGUGAAUGAAUCACUAUUCUUUAGAAAGCCUUUCAUGUGGAUAUUCAUGAGAAAAUAAGUACAUCUAGAUGAACAUGUGUACAUAUUAUUCAAAUGGUUCAGCCAACUGAAGGUAAAACCACUCUCACUGCCCCGAAAUUGUCAUCUGAAACAAAUCAAUGAUUGACAGAAUCAUGACAGAAUGGACUACAAAAGGAGUAACUUGCUACUAGGUUCCUCUUUCCCUGCCGCCACAGAGAACAACAAUGCUGACUGGAGGCAUGUUGAACCAGCAAGCUGACUUCUGUUUGACCUGCAUAUGAACCCACGGACUGUAUUGGGAAUAUUGUUGUUUUUGUCCUGAAAGUGUUCAAUGGAGUUUUAUGCACUCAGUAACCCUGUGGUUGCUGUGUUGAGCACUACUUAUGGAGCCGUAGGGGACUUAACAUACAGCAGCGACAGGCUGUCAAGUAUAGUCUCUGGCUCGAUACAAAGUGUUGUGGAAGCUGACCACAACAAUUCGGGGUGACAAACAGCUCAACAGAUCGAUACAUCCUUAUGAUGGGUAUAUAUGAAGCAAAUUAUUAUUGUUUUCUUUUCUCUCUUUGGUUUGAGACAAAGAGAAAGUUUCUAAAGUGUUCAAAGAUGAUGUCAAGAAAUUCUAUAAGACUCACAGAGGGACUGCAUAAAACAGAACUCAAUCAUUGUGUAAAUAAAAAGUCUUUAAGAAGAAAAAAAGAUACAAACUUCACUUCUUCUGAAACAAACUGUGAACAGAAGAGGAGCCUUAUUCACUUUCCAGUGGGAAUAUAUUACCAGGAUGACUUGGUGAGGAGGUUCCUAUUGUAAUGCUCUUGUUGUUUCAAUGAUAAAUAUUUUUUUAUCUGCUCCCUUCAUAUUACCAGUUAAUUAAAAUGAUAUGAAGAUUUGUCAAACCCAUUUCAAGUUACCUAAUCACAUUUAGAGGGAAGGAUUGGAACCCUUAUUAUUUGUAAGGUUCUCUGAAUGGCCUCUGUAUUUUUUGUUCUCACACUUGUACAUGCUAAAGAGAUAAACCUUCAGGUAGUGGUAACAUGAUGUGUUAUUUGUAACACAGUCUAUUCAUCUCAUUUUGGAAUUACAGUGCUAUCUGCCAUUCAAACAUUUCCUGUGUGGAGAAGUGUGCUAACUUGUGAGAAAAGGAGUAAUUUUUUUCAUGUGCCAUUAUUUUCUUAUAUGUUCUACCAAAAACCAGGCCCAAAAACAAGUGACUCAAAUGUUAUUGCAUCACAACUUCGAAGGGGUUCAUUCCAUUUAUGUACAGGUCAUUACAUGAAAAAAUGCAGUUGACUCACUCGAAACGGUUGCUUUUCAGUGCUGGUGGAGUUUACUUUAUAAUUACAGCUGUGCCAAUGUCUUUAUAACAGGACCUCCCUCAGUUCUACUCGUGUAUUAUUGUCUUGCCUUUUGUAUCACUCCUAAUAACUCCCUGGCCUGAAUUUCAUGUCUGCAGCUUGGUGACUCAGGUGAACCUGUUAAACCUAGUUCUAUUUCUGUCCGCAUGUUUAUACAAACAGUGACGGAGAUAUUUCCAGCUGGGAAUGGCCUAGAACCAGCAGCACGUGUCUCGAACAACAUCUCUGUUUCAAAAGCAUUUCAUUUGCUGAACCGUUCAUGCUCUUGUCUUUCCUGAAAUAGACUUCCCUGACACUAUAGGCUACGACAGAGAGAAAAGCUCGCAUUGUGCCCCCACAUCAGACAAGGAAUUUGCUUUUUAUAUUCUCCAUGUGUGUCAUAUUUAUGUUAGGUUCAGAUCAUUAAUAAUGGUUCAAUUUAGUUUGUAGAAAAAGAUUAAAGCUUAUUUGUCCUUCAUGUGUAAUUAGAAAAUUGUAAUAAAAUAUAUGUAUAUUUACAGUUACAAAGCAAUGUUUGAUUAAUCAUGACUACAGCCCUGAUAAAAUCAGAUAUAUUAAGCAGAACGUUUGAAUCCUGCUGCCAGUAAUUAUCCAGUCUUUUGUUCAUUUUUUUGCCUUCAGAGAGCUGGAAGCACAAGCGCUGCAUGCUAAUGAUGCAUGCACGAGCUGAAGUCCAGGCCUGUCUGUGAGAACCACCGAGUGCCAACAUGUUUUAUUUUCUCUCCUGCUUUGUUUGUUAAUAGUUUUGUGCACCAAAGGGUCCCCUUAAACCCUAACACUCUGAGUUAGGGUUUAAGUUCUGACUGGGACCAUUCAUUAAAAGUGUUUCCCUUUUUCUUCUUGCUUCAGGAGAUAAGAGUGAAGGUCUAAAGGAUAGCUAUAAAAAUUUAUGUAUUUUAAAAGCUUAUGCUGAGAAAAAGAAAUAUAUAUCACUUUUGGAAAAGACACACUAUGUCACUAGUCAUGGGCCAGUAGUAUGAGGUUCUCACAGUAUGAGAGCCCUCGGUUAAAAGCCACAGUUAAACAGUAUCAUGCUAUUUACACAAACAUUUUACCAAAAAUUGUAGAACAUGAACACAUGUAUUUUAUUUAAAAGAGAAGUGCAAGUUAUUCAUACUGCUGCUGAUCUAGUCAUCAGUAGUAUUUACUUAUUGAUAUUUGGAUUUUGAUAUGCUUAAGUUAAAUUAUUGAAUGAACAACCACAAAUUUGAGCUGUAGUUUAGCUGGUUAAUUGGUCAGGCUAUCUGCUAAAGUAGCAUUUCAGCAAUUGGCUGAUUAACUGACAUGCCAUUUGUAGUUUACAAACUGUUCUUUAAAAAUAGCUUUACCUUAAUAGCAGUGGUAAGUGGCAUUUAAUAUUAUGACUGCCUGAUCUUUUUGCAACCAGAAAUAUUUCAAAGCACCCAAAGGUCUCUAUCUUGUAAGCAUGGGAAACAUGCAACAGCCUUCUUUUAGUCAGCUAACCAGUGGGGAGGGGAAGUACUGCGUUACUCAGUGCUCCAUGUAAUCAGGGAAAACUCCAGAGACAUUCAGUGGAAUCUCAUUAAAAUAACUUUAAACUGUAAGAAUGGAAGGGAAGGAAGAUUUAGCAAUUUUAAAAGUGUAAGUAGAGAUGCACAGAGAAUUAAUCAUGUCACUUUUUAGCUCUAGCUGUCUACAUUCUCUACAGUAAACAAAGGGAUUACAUUUUUUGAAACACUAUUUCUUCUAACAAUGAUAAUUGCUAAUUUAAGGCAGUUAAAAGUUGAACUCCCUAAUAUUUCCUUUGUUUUCAAUAAAAACCCUUUAUUUACAGUGAUUCCGUUUUCAGUGUGACAUAAUCACACAUAAUCUACUGAUGCAUCUCAAACUACAACUUUUUAAAACCAAAGUAUACUUUAAUACAUGGCCCAUGGCUAGAUGAUUUAGAUGUAUACCGUCUUGUGUUAUGCAUGCCCUCAUUCACAAACACAUCAUUUGCACUAAUACCAAGAAUUAACUAUUGACUCAAUCUAGUGCAGAUACAGUCAAGCAUAAACGCAUAUAUACACACUAGAAGAAAAAUAAUAACAAAAAAGGACAUCACAUAUGUCUUGGUAAAUGAUAAUAAACUACUCCAGGUCUUGACACAGCUAUCCAUUCCAGUUCACCCAAGGCCAUCUGUGACGGUUCACUAGGCAGUAAUACAUUACCUGAUAAUAAAUAGAGUUGAAAAAUUAAUUUUGAGCUUGACAUGGAUUUGUGGUUUUUCCUUCUCUGCCAUACAUCUGUGUCUUACCAGCAGGCAGUACUGGAGUAUGCCCAUGCAGCACACAUUUAUGGGUUUUGGAAUCCAGUCAGCACGUGUACACAUGAAGACCAGGCUUGGGCAGAAGACUAUAUGCUAAUGUGCCAAUUUCCAGUUGGAAUAUUUUUAUUUGUUGGUUGUAUUUGGACCUAAAGCAUUUAACCUUGUUAAAGCUUGAAAGACCAGAAGCAUUGCUACUGACUGAUCUAACCUGCAUGUACACAGAUGGCCUGUUUGUGUGCGUAUGUAUACGUGUGUCUGCAUCUACUGUACAGCAGCACCUACUCCUCUACCUCCUCUGAAUGAACAUCACCAUUACGCAUGUUCUUGCCAGCCCAUGCCCCAUUGAUUGUUAUUGUUCCACGCUGUUUCACAUUAGCAGGAAGUCUUUAACCUUCGACCCACAUUGUUGCAGCUUUGUUUUUCUGUCAUUGCUCAUGUCAUGGUGGCACAGAAAUAGAAAGGCAUGAUCAUUAACCUCUGUCGGGGAAACACACUUUUUCGUUUGUCUGACAAAGCUCUAAUUGGAUUUAAUGUAAGCACUUAAGAGAAGAAGAUUUCUUUUUAUUGAAAUGUGCCCAAUUGUUCUCCAGCAGUUGGGUUGAAAGUGCCAUGUGAGAGCAAGCAGCGGGAGCCUGGCAGAGAGCAAUAUCAGAAUUAAUCAUUGUUACCAUGUGGUUACCACAUUACCUUCUUUAUUUGUUUUCUGUCAUUUAUUUUUUAAUGUUUGCUUCUUUUAAAAUGCUUUCAAUCCAGCCACAGGAUCCCCACCUUCUCCUUUUCAUCCUUUCCUGCACAGAGAGUUUUUUUCUUUUUUAUGUAAGUUGUAAAUAUGCGCUUCACUGUUUUACUUUACUAGUUGGUUUGUUGUUACUUUUUUAAAACUCUUAUUCAGUUUUUUUAUUGUAUCAAAACAUUAAGCAUUUUUUUGUGAAGACCUGGUCCAAGCGCAAAAACAUGGCUCUUCUAUGAGUAUAUUAUUGUCAGAAAAUGUUUUGUAAAAAUUUUGAUGAUGAUAUAAGAAAUAAAAUUAUAAAGGUGGGAAA